CGAACUACCGAUUGCGAUUAUGCAACCCACGCCACCAUCAAGAAGCGCAACGACCACGAGGACCAGCACGGCGUCUGCCACCGGGAAGAGGCACCCGGGAGCUUCGACUGCGGCGAUGCCCGCAUCCGCAAGCGCCCGGGAGACGUCGCCCUCGACGAGACUCACCCCUCUGAUUCCCACGCCAUCACGUCCAUCAGGAGGUGCACGCGGGACGCGGCCACCCAGACCCGCUUCGGCGGGCACGCCAUGUCUGACAACCACCCCAUCUGA